UCCAGACAGGGGCGGUGCCAGUCGAGAGUGAAACGCUUGACGGCCAAGGGCAGGGAUCAGGGGUAGCAGGAGGAAGCGGCACGGUCCUGUGGUCCAUCUGUGGGUUUGAGUGAAGACUGAGUGGGGGCACCCGGGCCUCGGGAAGAUGCUCCUGGUGGCCGUGUGCGUGGGCCUCCUGGGCUGCCUGCGGGCCCAGGCGCAGCAGGGACACGUGUCCGUCAUCCUGCUGGGAGCAACGGGGGACCUGGCCCGCAAGUACCUGUGGCAGGGACUGUUCCAGCUGUACAUGGACGAGGCAGGGAAGGGCCACAGUCUUAGCUUCCACGGGUCUGCGCUGACGGCCACUGCGCAGGGCCAGGAGCUCCUGGCCAAGGUCCUGGACGCCCUCUCCUGCCCCGAGGAUGUGGCGCCCGAUCGCUGUGCCGACCUCAAGGGUCAGUUCCAGCAGCUGAGCCAGUACCGCUCGCUGGUGACCGCGGAGGACUACGUGGCCCUGAGCGGGGACAUCGAGGCGCAGCUGCGGCGCACAGGCCGCCGGGAGGCCGGCCGGAUCUUCUACUUCUCGGUGCCGCCCUUCGCCUACAGCGACAUCGCCCGCCACAUCAACAGCAGCUGCCGCCCCCGGCCCGGCGCCUGGCUGAGGGUGGUCCUGGAGAAGCCCUUCGGCCACGACCACCACUCGGCCCAGCAGCUGGCCACAGAGCUUGGCGGCUUUUUCCAGGAGGAGGAGAUGUACCGGGUGGACCAUUACCUGGGCAAGCAGGCGGUGGCUCAGAUCCUGCCUUUCAGAGACCAGAACCGCCAGGCCUUGGACGGGCUCUGGAACAGGCACCACGUGGAGCGGGUGGACAUCGUCCUGAAGGAGACGCUGGAUGCGGAAGGGCGCACCAGCUUCUACGAGGAGUAUGGCGUCAUCCGUGACGUGCUGCAGAACCACCUGACCGAGGCGCUCACCCUCGUGGCCAUGGAGCUGCCCCGCAACAUCAGCAGCUCGGAGGCCGUGCUGAGACUCAAGCUGCAGGUCUUCCAGGCGCUGCGGGGCCUGCAGAAGGGCAGCGCCGUCCUGGGCCAGUACCAGGCCUACAGCCAGCAGGUGCGCCAGGAGCUGCAGAAGCCGGCCAGCUUCCACAGCCUGACGCCGACCUUCGCAGGCGUCCUCGUUCACGUGGACAACCUUCGCUGGGAGGGCGUCCCCUUCAUCCUGAUGUCCGGCAAGGCCCUGGAUGAGCGAGUGGGCUACGUGCGGAUCCUGUUCAGGAACCAGGCGUGCUGCGUGCAGGACGAGCCGCACUGGGCCGCCGGCCAGAGCCGCUGCCUGCCCCGGCAGGUCGUGUUCUACAUCGGCCACGGCCAGCUGGGCAGCCCUGCCGUGCUGGUCAGCCGCAACCUGUUCAAGCCCUCGCUGCCUCAGGGCUGGAAGGAGAUGGAAGGCCGCCCCGGGCUCCGUCUCUUUGGCCGCCCUCUGUCCGACUUUUACGCCUACAGCCCAGUGAGCGAGCAGGACGCCUACUCCGUGCUCAUCUCCCGGAUCUUCCACCGCCGCAAGGACUCCUUCAUCACCACGGAGAACCUGCUGGCCUCCUGGGUCUUCUGGACGCCCCUGCUGGACAGCCUGGCCGAGGAGACCCCCCGCCCCUACCCCGGAGGAGCAGAGAACGGGCACCUGCUGGACUUUGAGUUCAGCGGCGGCCAGUUAGCCUUUUCUCAGCAGCAGCUGGCGACGCUGGUGCCGGGGCCGGGGCCCGCCCCCCUGCCCCGCGACGUCCAGGUGCUCAGGGCCAAGUACCGGGACAGCCCGCUGAUCUCGGCCUGGCCCGAGGAGCUGAUGGCCACGCUGGCCAGCGACAUCGAGGCCACAGCUGUGCAGGCCGUGCGGCGCGCCGGCGAGUUCCACCUGGCGCUCUCGGGCGGCUCCAGCCCCGUCGCCCUGUUCCAGCAGCUGGCCACGGGCCACUACGGCUUCCCCUGGGCGCACACGCACCUGUGGCUGGUGGACGAGCGCUGUGUGCCGCUCCGGGACCCCGAGUCCAACUUCCAGAGCCUGCAGGCCCACCUGCUGCAGCACGUCCGGGUGCCCUACUACAACAUCCACCCCAUGCCCGUGCACCUGCACCAGCGGCUGUGCGCCGAGGAGGACCAGGGCGCCCAGGCCUACGCCAGGGAGAUCGCCGCCCUGGUGGCCAACAGCAGCUUCGACCUGGUGCUGCUGGGCAUGGGCACCGACGGGCACACGGCCUCCCUCUUCCCACAGUCCCCGAGCGGCCUGGACGGGGAGCAGCUGGUCGUGCUGACCCAGAGCCCCUCCAAGCCACACCAGCGCAUGAGCCUCAGCCUGCCCCUCAUCAACCGGGCCCGGAAGGUGGCCGUGCUGGUGGUGGGCAGGAUGAAGCGCGACAUCACCUUGCUGGUGAGCCGUGUGGGCCGCGAGCCCAGGAAGUGGCCCAUCUCCGGUGUCCUGCCCAGCUCUGGCCAGCUGGUCUGGUACAUGGACUACGACGCGUUUCUGGGAUAACGGGGUGAUGGCGCCCUGGCCCUGCGUUCGCCCCCUGCCUCCUUCCUCCCGCCCCCUCCCCGCUCCUGCUAGUCCCACUAAGCGCUCUGGGCCCUGGCCUUCCAAACCUGAGGCCCCAGGGCCGGGCUCCUGUCCCAAGCCUUUUGGCAGCCAGGCCUGGCCAGUGGUGGUGGCAGACCCGGAAACAGGAGAGAUGGGGUUUCUGCUCUUGAGAAGCUUUGAACCUCGAGGAAAGACCUGCAGCGGUCACGCCGACAUCAGCCGGCACACAGGAGGAAUGUGACAGCCCAGAUCCAGGAGGAGGACAGCAGUGGGCUGAGGUUAAGCAGGGGAGGCUUCCUGGAGGAGGUGAUCCUUGAACUCGCCUCCUGUGGGAAAGAAAAGCAUGGAUGGUAGUGAGCAGGGGGCCCGGGCAUCUGCGUGGGGACAGUGCCCGUGCGGGCGGGAGGCCAGCCGUGGGCCCCGUUCCGCCCUCUGCCCCUUCUGCCCAGCUUCUGCAUCCCACCUGCCGUCCUCCCCGUCCUGCUCCCAUCUGCAGGCCCCGUCGUCCCCUUCCCGCCCCUCAGACUCUUCUCAUGUGGCUGGAGCUGGCUUGAGGGUGUUAAAUGGUCCCAGAACCCCUGGGCCUGGAGUGCCCUUACUCAGUAGAUGGACUUGUCUGCCGUGGGGGUGCCUGGUCCCCCCUCUGUUUGCUCAGGGGGGAGCCUGCCACUCUGCUCUCUAGUCCGACCCUACGUGACACUCCAGGUGUAGCCUUGGUCCAGGGGCCUCAGGGAAGAGGUGCUGACCCCCGCCGUGGCUCCCAGUGGCUCUGGCCCCACCCCCAGCCUUACCAGGGAAGCAGUGGGGUCCUCACCCGCUGCUGGGACCCUCGGGCAGUGUGAGGGCAGAUGAGCUGGACCUCCGGCACCCUGAUCCCGUCAGGCGGGAGGGAGCUGCAGCCCCUGGGCCUGGCAGCCACCCCCACCCCGAGGGCCAGCCCUGCCGCCCUGCCACACACCUGGCACGGCACCGCUGCCCCGCCCACCCCUCCUGCCACCCCGCUCCGCACUGGGGCAGAGGGCCCGGGCAUGACAGGGAGCCCCUGUGAGCAUAUGGGGGCGCUGCUCUCCUAACUCAGCAGCCAGCAGAGCCUGGUCUCCUGGAACCCCAAGAGGAGGAGCUGAAAUCCUUAAAAAAAAAAA